AUGUCGAAGAAGCUCGGUUUCGUUUUCUUCCUGGCCAUCCAAUUGGGCGUCAAUGUCGAAUCGAGCACCUGCGACGACGCGACCGCGCUCGCUUCCAAGGCAAUCUUCGCCAAUGGAAUCCUUCGGGGCAACAUCGCAAAUAAUCGCGACGCAAUCGAUCGCUUCAUCAUCGUCAAUCCAAACGAGGGAAUCAAUGCGAACGGCAUCGAUUAUUGGUUCAACAAAGCUCAUCUCAAUGCCUCAAUGGAUGCUUGCGAGUACGACGCUGGCGGCGAUCCGAACUUCGGACUGGUGAAAUUCGCCAACGGCAAACUCCUCGACACCAUCUACUUCAAUUGUGCCCGAUUCGAUUCGUGCAAUGGUCUCACUUGCAAGAAGCACUCUUAUAUGGAUUUCGACUUUAUGAUUAUUUUGAAUGUGAUUCUCGCGUUCAUAUUCUUCUGGAUGCUCAUCAUUUUUCUCUUCGUCAUGAAAAACAUCAUAUACCUUCUCAACAAAAUCGACGAUCUUCGCGUCUCAAUGCGUCGCCUCUUCAAUUUACACCGACCUCAGAGACAAUACAUCCAAUUCGUCGACACCAUCCCUCCGGUUAAUUAUUAUUAA